AUGCCGGGGCUCAUCAACCGGAUGACCAACUCUGCUCUCCCUCUCGCGGCCUCUGAGGUGACCUCUUGUGUCAGCGGCUAUGCCUUUGGGAUGACGGCCUCUCUCACCUACAGCAACUCAGAGACCCACCCCUUUGAAGGGCUCUUUGUCUACCCAUUGGAUGAAUACACAACUGUGGUUGGCUUUGAGGCGAUGGUUUCCGAACGGGUUGUGACCGUGCAAAUCAAAGACAAGGCCAGAAUUGACGACUGCUACGUCGACUGCUGCAGCCUCCCCAAUGGCAGGGCACCGGACGAAGGACGUAUUGUGCUAGAUGAGGAUUUGGAGAGGAUCGUCUUUGUGGCCAAUUUGGGCAUCGUUCCUCCUCAGGAAAAUGUCUCCAUCUGCAUCAGUACCUCCUCAGAGCUGCAGACCCUUCCCAGUGGGGCUGUGAGGGUCCUCCUUCCAGCUGUGUGUGUCCCUAAGGUCCCCCAGAAUAGCACAGAUGCUGCUGCCACCCUCUCUGGACACCACCUUCGAUUCAGAGACAGACACUACUGUGGUACUGCUACUCCGGAUCAGCCUGGAAAAUUCUGUCUGGCUCGGCUUUUGGAAACGGAGGCGACGAAUCCUACUGAGUAUGAGUUUAGCUUCUACCUGGAGAUCAGAGGACCAUGCUUACUUGCAGGAGUUGAAAGCCCGACGCACGAGAUCCGCGCAGAUGCCGCUCCUUCAGCCAGAUCUGCCAAGAGCAUUGUGAUCACACUGGCCAAUAAACAUACUUUUGACCGACCCGUGGAGAUCCUGAUCCAUCCAAGCGAGCCUCACAUGCCCCAUGUUUUAAUGGAAGAGGGUGACAUGUCCCCAGCGGAAUAUGAGCAGCACCUGAAGGGGCGGAAUGACUUCAUUAAAGGGACGAAGAAAGAUGCAAGUGCCGAGAGAAAGACAGAAAUCAUCAGGAAGCGGCUCCACAAGGACAUCCCUCACCACCCAGUGAUCAUGUUGAACUUCUGUCCUGAUCUGAGGACGGUCCAACCCAACCUCAGGAAGAGCCACGGAGAAUUCAUCUUUCUCGUGGACCGCAGUGGGAGUAUGAGUGGUGUGAACAUCAACCGUGUCAAGGAUGCCCUCCUGGUCAUUCUGAAGAGUCUGAUGCCAACGUGUCUAUUCAAUAUCAUUGGAUUUGGAUCGACCUUCAAGGCCUUGUUUCCUUCCAGCCAGACCUACUGCGAGGAGAACCUGGCCGUUGCAUGUGAAAGCAUAAAGAAGAUUCGUGCUGACAUGGGGGGCACCAACGUCUUGUCGCCCUUGAGGUGGGUCAUCCGGCAGCCGAUCCACCAAGGCCACCCACGGCUGCUCUUCCUGCUGACCGACGGUGCUGUCAGCAACACGGGAAAGGUCAUCGAGCUUGUCCGGAACCACUCGUUCUCCACUAGGUGCUAUACUUUUGGCAUUGGGCAGAAUGCCUGUCGGAGGCUGGUGAAUGGCCUGGCUGCCGUGUCCAAAGGAAGUGCGGAAUUCCUGGUCGAGGGAGAGAGGUUGCAGCCAAAGAUGAUAAAAUCUCUGAAGAAGGCGAUGGCUCCUGUCGUUAGCGAUGUCUCGGUGGACUGGGUCUUCCCUGAAACAGCCGAAGUCUUAAUCUCUCCUGUCAGUGCCAGCUGCCUUUUUCCAGGGGACCGGUUGGUGGGCUACAGCAUUGUCUGUGAUACGUCCCUGUAUGUUUCUAACCCCAGGCUGGACAAGAGGCGACGCUACAGCAUGCUGCAUUCCCAAGAGUCUGGCAGCUCCGUUUUCUUCCACUCGCAAGAAGAAGGAAGUGGCUCGCAUUCCUGGGGCUGCCUCAAGGAUUCAGAAACCAGGUUACCUUCAGAGAGGACCCCUGAACUCCUGGGGAUUGGCGGAGACCUGGGAAGUGAAUCUGAAGUGGACUCUGGAGUGGACACAACAACAGCUCCGUCACGGCGUAGGGCGUACAGCACCAAUCAAAUUGCUGACCACGAGCCAUUCCGGAAGGUUCCCACAGCUAGCGACCCCAGCUCUGCCCUCAUUAAGAAUCCGCUUCGGAAGGCCCAGCUGCAGGAUCUCACCCAACUCAGCCCAGAACCGCCAUUGUGGCAGGUUGAGUUUCAGUCUUCUCAGGCUUUCGCUGGCAGCCCUCAAAUAUCUACCCCAAGAAUACGGGGGGUCGGAGCAAGGCGGCCCUCCCUGCUGCAGCAGAGUCGUCUCUCCUUCUGCCACAACCCGGAAUCACCACAGCAGCACAUCAGCCUUGCGCAGACUGGGAAGAACUUUGGGCCACUUGAGAUGGACUCCCUCCCAGGGUCCAUUUUUUCAGAGAGCCGGAGCCCAGGGGAUCUGGAUGUUGCCCAGCACCCAUCCUUCCUCUUUGAAACGGAGACUUCAUCGGAUUGGGAAUCCUACGACCCAGAUAUUGGCUCAGCCGGCGGCAGCUGGCGGCACUCUCCAAGAUCCACCUGCAAGGCAGUGGUGAAAGGGCUGCGGAACAACGAAGUGGUCCAGUGGGAGGUACUGUUUGACAUCGCGCCACUUUUCCAAGGCCGGGAGGGCAAGAGGAAUGACGAAGAUGAUCUCUGGAGUGAGACCUUCCACCACCUGGCUGCCAGGUCCAUCGUCCGGGACUUUGAGCAGCUCGCAGAGAGGGAAUGUGAAAUUGAGCAUGGGUCCAGCCGGCGGUACCAGGUGAAUGCCGUGCACACCAGCAAAGCCUGCAAUGUGAUCAGCAAGUACACAGCCUUUCUGCCUGCAGACCUGAGCAACAAUAGCUACUUGCCAACCGUUGUGGAAUAUCCCAAUGCAGGUCCAGCCCUGAAAUCAGGCAGCCAACGGAAUUCGGGUUCUGAGAACAGGCGGCACAGAACGCUCUCCUCUGGGCUGGGACGCAUCCAGUCAACCUGUGGUCAAGAUGCAGCAGGUGACCAAUUGCAUGGCAUGAAUGCAGAAGAGAACAGCCUGUCUCCAUGCAGUACACCGUCCUCCUCGGGAUGGGAUCGCUACACUUUCCCAGAUGUUCCACUACGAAGUCCAUCUGUCUCCUCUCAGAAAUCCAUUGAGAGCUUUUUUGCGGCCAGGCUCACCUUUAACAAAACAAGACUGUUGACGCGAGCAGCCCGAGGCUUUAUGGGGAAAUCACCCACCAGGACCAGUGAGACGAGUUUGGAAAGUGACAAUGAAAACAUCGACUACCUGCCCCUUGUGUCUCUCCAGCUUGCCUGCGGCUCCUUCCUCUUGAACAAGGCCUUCUGCGAGGCCAUCAACAUCCCCCUGGAGAAGCUGAAGUGGACGUCUCCUUUUGCCUGCCACCGCAUGGCCGCCAGCCCCUCGGCUAGCUCCUGCGCCUCCAGGAGAUCAGCCACAUCAGAGGAAACCAAGAGCUCCGAGGGAACUCAACCACUGGACAAUGUCAAUCCCUUGACAAACAACGAGAGUGAGUCCGGCCAGGCCCGCCAUUUUGCCAGUGGUGCUGUCGAAAGUCACUCCGGGGCCCUGAAGGCUGAGAACAAGCUUUCUCCUCCGGCCAUCACCAUCCAGCGCUUCUCCUUUCCAGAAAGCAUUCCAUCGCCUCAGGAGUCACAGGCUGACAGCGGGAGAGGUUCUGAGACAGACAGCUCAGAGAUGCAAGCCUGGUUGGUGGACAUUGAGCUCCAGCAGAAGAAUGCACCAGAGGGAAUGCUGUGGGCCACAGCCGUGGCCCUAGCCUGGCUGGAGCACAGCUCUGCCUCGUACUUCAUUGAGUGGGAGCUGGCGGCAGCCAAGGCCAGCCUGUGGCUAAGCGAGCAAGAUUUCCCCGAAGGCCGCAGCCUGCCGGCAGUGAAGGCAGCAGCUCAGCAGCUCUUUGUGUUGCUCAGGCACUGGGAUGAAAACCUGGAGUUCAAUUUGCUCUGCUACAACCCUAAUAAUGUAUAG